CAUUUCAGGGUACUGCGAUUUAAAAUGCAAACUCCCACACAGCCAGCAAGGAACAAGUAUUCAAACAUAGUUAGAGUUCACCAGCACAGAAACAGAGAGAUUCCAGCAGUCGGGAUCCGACUCAGUGCGACUGAUCUAACCCCAGAUGCAGAGGUCUUUUGCUGGCUGUGUGCAAUGCAAGUGAUAUGAACUUAAAGCAACAGAGAAAGACAGGAGACAAUUGCAAUGUGAAAUGGAAAUUGAUUUGAGUUUAAAUCUUAGGAGACACAAACUGGAGCUGAACAAAGACUAGUGAUACUGUUUCCUUUAAGGUUGAGUUCCCCCCCGAGUCCCUCGUUGCUCUACAACACAUGCAAACCGCAUCUGAGAAGGCAGGUGCCUGACCAGUGCUUGCGUCUCUGUUGUAUCUGCUCUGAACAGCUGCUUGGAGAUGAACAAUUGCAAUCUACAGACAAUCCUCUCCAGUUUAUAUCCCCUCUCCUGGAGCGAAGAGCUUGGGCUCCACCAAGAUGGUGUGGCUGAAAUAUAAACCUGCACCUCUGUGAUUUGGCAGCACGACAACACAGGGCACCGGUCUUCAGGAUGGGCCGAUUACAGAUGCUGCUGAUUAUUCUGCAUUUUGCCAACCAGUCGCGGGCGUCGAACACUGGCCCCAACACGAGCUGGGGUGGGCAGACGAUGCCAGUGUUCCGGCCGCAAGAAACAGUGACGCUGGUCAAGCCGCGGUUCUCGGCCGAGGCCAGGCAGGAGCUCAUCACACACUGCGACGCGGGGUGCCUGUGGCGAGAGACACACCCGACCUUGGAGGACUUGAAGGAAGAUCUUGCGUACGAGACCGUUUACCUCAACGGCACUCGGACCCUCACCAGAGUGGACAUCUCGGGCGUGGACUCGCCGCUCUCACAACCCCAGGCCCCGCGGCGGGCGGCGAGGAGGAGGCGCAAGAGGCAAAUCUUCGGGAUGGACGGCAGGUUCGACAUUCGCGGCAAGCAUUUCCCGCUCAGCUUCCCCUUCUCCACCACGGUGAAAAUCUCCACCGGUUGCACGGGCAUCCUGGUGUCGGACAGGCACGUCCUGACCGCCGCCCACUGCAUCCACGACGGGAAAGAUUACGUCAAGGGAGUGAAAAAGCUGAAGGUUGGGUUUUUAACAGAGAACCUCAAAAUGCAGCCGCCCAAACGCGCGAAGCCUUCACCAAAACUCCUGAUAAGGUGGUCGAGGGUCAAACGCACGCAGGUUCCAAGGGGUUGGAUACGGUCUCAGAAUGAGCUCAGCAUGGACUAUGAUUAUGCUCUACUGGAGUUGAAGAGGCCUCAUGGAAAGGCUUACAUGGAGCUGACAGUUAUGCCACCUCCAGCCCAAGUGGCGGGCAACAGAAUCCACUUCACUGGAUUUGACAGUGACCGGCCGGGGCAACUAGUGUAUCGGUUUUGCCCCAUCAUCAACGAGACGCCCCAUCUCAUUUACCAACACUGUGAUGCCCAGCCCGGCUCCAGCGGCUCCGGUGUGUACGCCAAGCUGUGGCUGCCGGACAAACACCACUGGGAAAGGAAAAUAGUCGGCAUAUUUUCGGGACACCAGUGGGUGGAUCUCAAUGGGGUCCAGCAGGAUUACAACGUGGCAGUCCGCAUCACACCACUGAAGUACGCACAGAUCUGCUACUGGAUCAAAGGGAAUUACCGCGACUGCCAUUCCAAUUGACACCAAUUAAAAAAAGCACGACAAGGAACAGCAAAACGUCCCUUCCAUUUCUAACCUUCAAUUAAAAAAAUGAUUUAAUCCCCCACACAUUGGUUUGUUCAACAAGAUGACUAGUAUAAUACUACAGAGGGUAGGGCAACCGGUAAAAGCAUUCCUCACAGAUCGAGGUUGGGGAAUUUUAAAUUUGCAACUGAAUAGCUCAAGGCACGGGAGAAGAUUACAACUCAAUUCCUAACAUUUUCCAGUUGAUGAUAGCACUUAAUUGAAAAUGGAUGUUAAAAAGUUUUAAAAGUCUAACAUUUGUUCGAUAUUUGUUUAAAAACAUAUUCAGUCACCAGGUUAAUGGGAUGUUCAGAUUAAAGAAACACAUUAGUCCCAAACCAUGUCCUGCAUAACCCGUUAGCUGAAGUUGUCCAUUUGUCCCUCUCCAAUAGUUCAUGCGCUGACUGGGCCGGGUUACAGAAAACAGUUAUUUUUCUAAUUUGGACAGAUUACGUGAAGUAAAUUGCAAAGAGAUUGAGAAAGGGAAAAGCCAGGAAAACAAGCAGAAAAAUAUGUUUCGAACAUGGCUAGAGAGUGGGUAGACACAAAAAGCUGGAGUAACUCAGCGGGACAGGCAGCAUCUCUGGAGAGGAAUGGGUGACGUCUCGGGUUGAGACCCUUCUUCAGACUAAUCGUGUCACCAUAUUUCUUCCAAGGCUAUUUUCUCAAUGUCACUUAAUCCAGGUAUUUUUUUGCCCUUCAUUUUGCUCCAAAGCAGUUACCAUCUUCCACCUACGGUGUAACAAGUGCCAACCACACAAUGUUAAUUUGAUUGCUUUAGGAAAGUGAACUAGCAUGGCAUCGCAGAGCAGGCGAUGCCUUGCCCGGGUCGCUACGCUGGAGCUCCGGUGAGCUGAAGAUCGCUGAGGAAAACAUCGCGGAGCUGCGGGACUGUGGAGCGACCAGCUGCGGGCGGCGGCGCUGAACUUUACACCGGGAGCUUGGGAUCUCUAGAUGAGAUCGCCAGUUGUGGAGCUCCAACCGGCGCGGCCUUGUUGGCUUUGGAAGCCGCGGCCUCCAGUACGGAAGCGGCUGUUCCAGGGUUCCCAAGCCGCUGAGAGGACUCUCCCGACGCCGGAGCACCAUCACCCGGCGAGAACGGCCUGGAACAUCGGGCCUCCGUAGAGGCAACUGUGGAGGCCUCAAUAGGCCCGACUAUGGGUGAAACUGGGGUUGGGGACUGGACUUUGUGCCUUCCCUCAUAAUGGGAACCAUUGUGGGGGGAUGUUCUUUGUGUUUAAAACUCUUAUUAAUGUUAUGUCUGUAUUCCUUCUUUAUGUGCUGCAAAAUGGCAAGAAACAUUUCACUUUACUACACCUAGGUGUAUGUGAAUGUGACCAAUAAAAUACCUUUGAUACCUUUGAUAGCACCAGUUUAAUCACAGCCAGCCUUCAUCCUUUUUUGGAACUGCUUUGAUAGCAUUUAUGGUUGCAGUUUCCAAACCCUGAGAACUUUAGCCAAUGCAGGAUGAUACAAGAUGAGUUAACAGAGGGAAACAAAACGUUGGUGUUACAGCGGAAAUCAACAGUUUUCAGCUUCUUUGCAGUAUCUGUAUGGAAGAAGGACAGGGAUCAUUCCUGCAAUUACCUUUUAAAAACUUAACAUCGUGGAACGAGGCAAUAGCAACAACAGACUAAUGCCACACGAUGCUAGUUGAAUUCCUUCCUAACUUUACCUGCAGCGCAGCAGCCAGUCUGAGACCAGUACCGCAUGAUUAAUGAGGCUGACUCAUCAUCGUAAGACAUAACAAAUAGGUGCAGCAUAACAAAUCACUGUUUCGGUUUGGUCUACAUUUCCUGUAAUGUGGAAAAUGAUCAGAGGAGAGGAAAGGAGAAAGGGGAAAACUAGACUUAAAUUAACAUGGCUAUAACAGUAAUAAGAAGGAACUGCAGGUGCUGGUUGAUACCGAAAAUAGACAAAGUGCUGAAGUAACUCAGCGGGUCAGGCAGCAUCUCUGGAGAAAAUGGAUAGGUGACGGUUUGAGAAGGGUCCCGACCCGAAAUAUCACCUAUUCAUUUUCUCCAGAGAUGCUGCCUGACCCAUUGAGUUACUCCAGGACUUUAAGGCUAUAGUAGUGCCCACACCUGCUUCUAACUAGUCUUAAUUCAAUAUUGAAUGUUCAAAUUCAUGUACCAUCACAGUAAUUGAGCACAGUUAUCAAUGUCUAUUAUUGGUGUUGCCAGAUUAUCCACAUGGAGUUUGUACUGAGACCCAACAGCACCAAUGUGUAGUUAUUUACCAAGCAAUGAUAAGGAAUAAUGAUAAGUUUUCGUUAAGAAACCAUGUUUCUUCAAUAGUUUCCCAGCUCCUGUCUUUGAAAAAUAAUCAUAUUUUUGUCCAAAAUUCAUUAUAGAUCAUAGUGCUUAUUCUGGGCCUAAACAUUUAGGGUGGGUGGGGGAAAAUUACUAACCAGCAAUAAAAAUCAUCCCCCAAGAUGGAUCGACUCAAAUCCUUGCCAGCCAGAAGACACGCAAGGCUCUGCAGCCCUGGAUUUAGCCAUGAUGACCGAGAUCGUGACAAUAGUGCCCUCUAGCUGCAAGUGUUGGAAUGUGGCCAUUUGGGUUUCCACUGAGUUGACCACCCACCAGAUGCCAUUUUAAGCAGGCUGCUGGUGAGAACCAACACUGCCACAUAGAGGGCGGUAUAGAUAUUGGGAAGGUUGUCAUCUUUGACGCUUGCCCACCUGAAAUCUAAUGUCAAGAGAUAUGAGAUAUGAGAAUUCACAAGUUCAUAAGUUAUAGGAGUAGAAUUAGGCCACUUAGCCCAUUGAGUCUACUCCGCCAUUCAGUCAUGGCUGAUCUCUGCCUCCUAAUCCCAUUUUCCUGCCUUCUCCCCAUAACCUUUGACACCCAUUCUAAUAAAGAAUUUGUCUAUCUCUGUCUUAAAGAUAUCCACUGGCUUUGCCUCCACAGUCCUCUGUGGCAAAUGAAAUUCAGUUUAGAGAUGGGCGAUAUUUAAUUGCUUCCUUUCCACACUAUAACACAACCAGGCUAACUUUAAAAUAUUGAUAGUGAAGGUAUUUUCUUCAUCCAUUUUGUCUGUUAUGUCAUUUAAUUUGCCAUAAACUUAUUAAAAUGGGUUUGUUUGAGAUGAAAUGAAACAGUGGGUAUUCCAAAAUUUGCUUCAACUAUUCAGUCAAGACUGAAGGAAAAGUCAGAUUCCCCAAAUUUUGCUCAAAAUGCAGUGCUUGGGAGUGUUCACAGGACCACGAUUCAUUGAUUAUUUCUUAUUGAUUUUAUACCUUUGGAUUCUUUCUCUGAUUAAGUGUUUCUUAAUUUGCUGUUUCUGUCUAGAAACGAAAAGACAAAGACAAUAAUGCCUCCAAGGCAUUGUAAGUUGCACGAGGAAAGUUCAAACGAACUCAAAUCCAUAACUUGUUUUCCCCUCUAACGUCCAGUUGUGAAGGUUCAUUCGAUGAAACUGCGUGCAAAUUUGUAUUUUUGGGAGCUUACUUUUAAAGUUCCUGCUGUGAAGAGAAAUAGAACUUUGGAAAACAAAUAUUGUAAAUGCACCUGUCAUUAAAGCAAGGAUGGUAACGGAAAAGAGGUUUAGUCAUGUGAAUGCAGCAUGCAAAUUUACACUUUACAAAACUAUAUAAAAACUGGGAAAAAAAAAAAAAAAAAAAAAAAAUGUAGCCUUAACUCCAGUACUCAAAACCAUUAAAACAAGCAGCUGAUAAUGAGAGAAGAGUGAAAAGCAACAAAUUGCAGAUGCUGGUUUACAAAGGAAGACAAAAUGCUGGAGUAAGGUCAGGCAGCAUUCUGAGAUGAUGGAUAGGUGACAUUUCAGGUCAGGACCCUUCUUCAGGAUGAUUCACCGAGCUUUUCACUGUACCUCAGUACAUGUGACAAUAAAUUCAACUGAGGAAAUGACCCAAAAUGUCACCUAUCCAUGGGUGCCUGAAAUGCUGCUUGGCCCGCUGAGUUCCUCCAGCACCGUCUGGUCGACUGAUAAUGAGCUGGUGUUGUGGGGUACUAAUGGGGUACCGCAAGGCUCGACUAGUGGGGUACCGCAAGGUCGGAGCUGGGACCGCAGCUAUUUACAAUAUACAUGAAUGAUUUAGAUGAAGGGAUUAAAAGUAACAUUAGCAAAUUUGCAGAUGACAUAUAGCUGGGUGGCAGUGUGAACUGUGAGGAGGAUGCUAGGAGGAUGCAGGGUGACUUGGACAGAUUGGGUGAGUGAGAAGAUGCACGGCAGAUGCAGUUUAGUGUGGUUAAAUGUAAGGUUAUCCACUUUGGUGGCAAGAACAGGAAGGCAGGUUAUUAUCUGAAUGGUGUCAAGUUAGAAAAGGAGGAAGUACAACAAGACCAGGGUGUCCUUGUACAUCAGUCACUGAAAGUAAGCAUGCAGGUGCAGCGGGCAUGAAGAAAGCUAAUGGCAUGUUGGCCAUAACAAGAGGAGUUGAGUAUAGGAGCAAAGAGAUCCUUCUGCAGUUGUACAGGGCCAUGGUGAGACCACACAUGGAGUAUUGUGUGCAGUUUUGGUCUCCAAAUUUGAGGAAGGACAUUCUUGCUAUAGAGGGAUAGUGGGACUAUCAUAUGUUGAAAGAAUGGAGCGACUGGGCUUGUAUACUCUGGAAUUUAGAAGGAUGAGAGGGGAUCAUUGAAAUAUAUAAGAUUAUUAUGGGAUUGGACACGCUAGAGGCAAGAAACAUGUUCCCGAUGUUUGGAGAGUCCAGAACCAGGGGCCACAGUUUAAGAAUAAGGGGUAGGCCAUUUAGAACAGAGAUGAGGAAAAAGUUUUCAUCCAGAGAGUUGUGAAUCUGUGGAAACAGAUAGAGCUCUUAAAGAUAGCAGAGUCAAGGGUCUUCAACUCCGUUCUAGCCUUGCAAAUUACCACUACAUUUAUCAUACCUUGAAAGAAAAGUGUUUUUACCACUGUGGGUUUUGCACAAUGUUUGAUUUGCUUUGUCUUGGACUUAUUUAUCAGUAGUGGUAAGAAAUCUUCACUUUGUUUUCAAGGAAGUACGAUUUUUAAUAAAAAGUCUGGAUAAUUUAAAAAAAAUGUUUUAACACAAAAAAGGUUGUGUUCGGGUCCGAUGUAAAUAAAAAAUGCAAACAACC